AUGGCUUUUUCCUGUCUUUACCCAAUAUGCCAAUGCGACGAAAACAAAGGUGGAGGCUUGGCUCUUUUCGGCAACGGCAGUAUUCUGGGAAACAAAGCUAGAGCAACUUCAGGCCGAGCCACAAGCACAACUGCGUCAUUCUCGUCACCACCACCCAACCACUACCACCAGCGUUCGUCGCAUCCUGAGAUUGGCACGCGAGAGGGACAGCAGGGAAACUUACACCGUCAUACACUACCAUACUACGCUCAUGUAUCUUGUGCCAAGCUGCCCUUUGAACCCUUCUUCGAUAAAGCCACUCGCAUGGUCCGUGGCCACAUUUCAACCGAGGACGUGACGAAGCGAUUGAAAGAGAUCGAGUCAAGCUUGACGACCACGACCACGACCACGACGGCAUUGCAGGACGCGGCGCAGGUGCUACCCCCCAAGGAAAAAGAAGCGCCGACCAAUACGUUAGAGAUCUACACAGGCGAGCCUGAAGGGAGCGAGGAAACUGAAGCUUUACACCGACUUUUGAAGAAGAGCUGCGUCGAAAUGGCGAUGAACCGUAUCGAUGGCAAGGAGGAGCUCUAUGUCGGCGGCAUAUGGGCUUUGCGCCGCCCUUCAGCACUGAAGGAGCGCAACAUCACCCACAUUCUGUCCGUGCUGCGAUUCGACCCGGCCGGUCUCAAGAGCGAGACCGACACCUGGGAGAACUACGGAAAGAGCUACAAGCACAUGGUCAUCGACAUCGACGAUGUCGAGGAUGAGGACCUGCUCGUUCACCUGCCCAAGGCCGUCCGUUUCAUCGAGGAUGCGCUGUACCCCGGCAGCAGCAAGAAGAGCGUCACGGAUGGGCCUGAAGAGGAGACCCAGAAGGGCAAGAGCUUUGAGGAGAAGGCCAAGCGCUUGAAGGCGGCUGUGGCCAAGGAUUUGGAGACCGAGUCUGAGUCUGAGACGGAGGCUGCCUCGGCUAAAGCGGCGGCGGCAGAGGCGAAGCCCACAGAUCCGGAUGCCAUCCUCCCCGCCCCCCUAUUCGAGCAGCUGGAUCUCAGUUCUGACGGGGAGAAGCCGGACCCCAAUGCCCCAGGCGGCGUCUAUGUCCACUGUGCCAUGGGCAAGUCCCGUUCCGUCUCUGCCAUCGUUGCCUACCUCCUCUGGAAACACCCCUCCCGCUUCGGCAGGUCCGCGGCCUCGACGGCCGCCGCGCAGAACGGAGCAUCAGGAGGGGCGCCCAAGUCCGCUGAGGAAGCCGCAGCAGCGCAAGAGAGGGCUGCAGCCGCCGUCGCCGCCGCCGUGAAGUGGGUUCGCAAUACGCGAGAGAUUGCGGAGCCGAACCCGGGCUUCAUAAAGCAACUCGAGAUGUGGUGGAUCAUGGGGUGCCCUGAAGACGUGGCGUCGCACCCCAUUUACAAGCGGUGGGAGUUCCAGAGGGAGAUUGACGAGAGCCUUGCCGCGGGUCAGGCACCGACAAAGCUGCGGUUUGAGGACGAGGAAACGAGCAAGGAAGAGGCGGAGAGCGUCAAGGGCAUGGAGGUGCGGUGCAAAAAGUGUCGCAAGACGCUGGCUACGCCGCGCUUCGUACUCGAUCACGAGCCCGAUGCCCCUAGGGACCAGCGGCAGCAACAGCAGCCGUGCGGACACGUCUUUGUGGAGCCGCUGGGGUGGAUGAGGGAGGAGCUGGAGAAGGGGACGUUGGAGGGACGGCUGUCGUGCCCGAAUCAGAAGUGCGGCGCCGCCGUGGGCAGGUACAGCUGGCGGGGAUUCCGGUGCAGUUGCGGCGGGUGGGUUACACCCGGGUUCAGUCUGCAAAAGGGGCGUGUGGACGAGGUUGCUGCGAGGGUUCCUGGGGCUGGGGGUGCGGCGGCGAUGGGGAUUCGGAUGCCGCCUGGUUCGGGGAGGUUGUAG